AAUCUUUUUCCUUUUUUUCCCUUUUUUCCCUUUCUCUUGCAAAAAAAAAUGACCGAAAUAGCGUUUUCCAAUCACUUUUGGGGCUUAAAAGAUGAUGGCUUUUAUGUUCUUACAGCUAAAAUGAAUAGUACGAAAAAAACAUUUGAUGAAAUUAAGUCAUUUUAUAGUGUCAGAGCUUCCCUUCAUGAAGAAUUCGGUAAAAAAUUAAUGAAACAUGCUAAAGCAGGGAUGGGUCGCGAAGAAACAGGAACUCUUCAUGCACUAUUAUCUUCAGCUCAUAAGGAAAUGGAAUGGACUGCACAGGCACAUCUCAAUUUGGCACAAAAGUUAAAGACCCGACUAGAAAUUGACCUUGAUAACUUUAUACUUGAACAAAAAGACAAAAGAAAGCUAACGCAUACCAAUGUGGAAAAAGCGCACAGAUACAAACAAUCAAGUGAGACUUAUUUAGCCAAGGUGAAAGAGAAAUAUGAAGUAGACUGUGCUAAAUUAAGGACGCUCGAGUCUCAACUCGAAAAUGCUACUUCGACUCGAGACGCUGAAAAAAUCAGACAGCGCAUGGAAAGAACAGAACAUGAAAUCGAAAUUCAAGAACAAGAGUAUAAAAAUGCAUGUGUCAAGGUUGCAGAAGCGACCGAUAAUUGGAACAAAGCAUGGAAGCUUAGCUGUGAUACAUAUCAAGGCAUGGAAAAAAAGAGACUGGAAUUUCUUCAUCAUAGUUUUUCCAUGUAUAUCAAUGUUCUUUCAACGGCUACGAGUCAAGAUCAAGAGUCAUAUGAACGUUUUUGGAAGACUUUAGAUCAAUAUGAUCCAGUAAAGGACAUUCAGACAUUUAUUAGUGAAAAGGGAACUGGCCCAUUGAUUCCUGAACCUGAGAUUUUUGUGCCUUAUUCUGACGAUCCUCAAAAGACUUUUCAAAAACAUAAAGUUGCUAAUUUUUCUGCUCCUUUGGAGUUGGCUACCGUAUCAGACUCUCUUGUUGAUCAAGUGAAACCCGAAUUAACAGUACGAAACCCAACUGAACUGCAGUCUACAAAAGAUAACAUUGUAUCAAAUUUCUUGAACCGAGGUAAAUCAAUAGUUACACCCAAAGAAUUGCCUGCAGAAGCUCCAGAACCAAGUAGAAGCCAAAAAGAAAGAAGGAAAUCAAUUAUUCGUAAUGUCAUCAAACCAUUGCCUUCUAUCUCUACGUCUGCUUCAAAAAGCAAAAGAAACUCGAUCAAAAACCAAGAAACCCAUUCUAUCCCUGUAGCUCCUCCAGUAAUUGUUGUUCCUGAUAUGUCAUCUGCUUCAGACACAUCUGAUAGUGAUGAAAAUGAAAUUAAAAAAGCUGAAGAAGAGGAAAAUGUUACUAUUGAUCCACGCGCUAAAGUUGUGUUUGCUAUCGGUAAUAACAUGUUCGACUUGGGCCACUUAAAUCUAGAAGACGAUCAGACAAAUACGGACACAUCAACGCAUACACGACACUUUAAAAGUAGAUCAGGUAUCUCGGGCAGUCAUUUCACUUCAAGAAGACGACAGAGAUCUGCUGAUUUAGAAGCAGUUAGUAAUAUUUCAUAUCAAAGCUUGCUGGAAGAAUUGGGAUUGUUUGGAGAGCAGAACAAAAGCAACAACGAGCCUAAAAACAAAGAGAAUUCCUCAAGAGAGAGCAUGUCAGACGAUAAAAAUAAUCUUACCAGUAGUAGAACAUCACAUCGCCGGUCUUCAAUAACAGCACCUUCAUCGCAAAAGCAUUCAUACAAACCAAUUAUGCUCACUGAUACGGGUGACAAUUAUCACUCUCAUGAAGAUAGCGCACAUUUGCAAGACAUGUAUAUAAUGACAGGGCAUGAAGCCUACACAUUGUCUCAACAGCCACAUUACUCAUCGUAUUCACAACAGCAACAUUAUGCUAAUAUACCUUCCGCAGCUCAUCCUGCUAAUUAUACCUACCAAGUCGUGGAAAAUAACAUGUAUCAACCACCAGCAGACAUACCUCAAGGUACUCAGCCCACCUUAUUUUGGGCAAUGGCACUUGGUGAUUGGUAUAGCGGAAAGCCGGAAGAACUUCAAUAUUCAAGAGGUACAUGGUUAGCAGUAACAGAAGUAAGAAAUGAUGGCUGGUAUUACGCAAUUAAGUUUGAUUCAAGAAUGAACUGCCUGACAAAUGAAAAAGGAUACGUGGCCCAAAAUUAUGUACAAGUCUAUACAUAAACAUACAAACAUGCCUUUCUUUUUUUUAUUUGAAUACGUUAAAGUAAAUCACUGUAAUAAAAUGAGAUUUUCUCCCAAACAA